UGAAAUCAAGUUUUUUAUUCUUAUCAAGGAGAUCUCAACACGAGUUUUAAAAUGCAGUCGUUCUACGCCAGACCGAUAAGAAGCGCAAACUGUUUCCGUUACUGUUCCAACCUGGGCGACAGAUAACAGCAAAUGUGAAAGUGAAAAUAGGAUUUACAGUUUUAGUGAGAAUCGUUUAAGCAGCCUACUUUUCAUUUGCACACCAACAUGGCGGGCGAAGGUGAGUUUGAGUUAUUCCCAGUCGACUCGCCAUUCAGCCCACGACAUGAAGCUCCAUUCGACAUCCAGGGAAAAACAUUCUACAGUGUUCUACAGUAUUUGAUGUAUCGGAAGGCAGACUUCUUCAAAGAUAAGGAACAAGCUAUUGGCAUCAUGGAAACACGUGACCUGAAGAUAAUAGAACGCUGUGGAAAGAAUGUCCGCAACGUCGAUAAUCGCAAAUGGAUUAGGGAAAGGAUUAAAUGGGCUGAACUCGCCCUUGAAGAAAAGUUCACACAGAAUCCAGCCCUAAAGGAACAAUUAUUUGCCACAUUCCCGAGGACACUGGCAUAUGCCACUACUAAAGACAGGUUCUGGAGUAUUGGGCUAUCGGCUGCAAAUCCCAAAGCUUUGUCCGGGAAGGGCUUCGGUGACUGUAACGUAUAUGGCGAUGUUCUUACUAAAAUCAGGGACAAGCUCAUGAAGAUGGAGAACAGGCUACAGGAGAAUGACCAGAUGCAAGAUAAAAGGGUGGAGGUACAGGCGGGUCGGGAUGAAAGAAGACAGCGGUGCGAAGGGAACAGCCAUUGGGUAGAGGGACAGGUAGAUGGGGAUGAGAGAAGGCAGGGUGCUGGAUCGAACAGCCAUGGGGUAGAGGGACAGGCGGGUCGGGGUGAGAAAAAGAUGGGUGAUGGAGGAAAUGGGAGAAGGCGGUUUGGUAGAGGAAAGAGCCAUUGGGUAGAGGGACGGGAUGGGGGAAGGGAGAGUGGUGGAGGGAACAGCCAAGCGGUAGAGGGACAGACGCGGCAGCAUGAGAGAUGGCAGGGUGGUGGAAGGAACAGCCAUAAGGUAGAAGGACGGGAUGGGAGAAGGGAGGGUGGUGGAGGGAACAGCCAAGCGGUAGAGGGACAGACGUGGCAGGAUGAGAGAUGGCAGGGUGGUGGAAGGAACAGCCAUAAGGUAGAAGGACGGGAUGGGAGAAGGGAGGGUGGUGGAGGGAACAACCAAGCGGUAGAGGGACAGACGUGGCAGCAUGAGAGAUGGCCGGGUGGUGGAGGGAACCGCCAUGAGGUAGAAGGACGGGAUGGGAGAAGGGAGGGUGGUGGAGGGAACAGCCAAGCGGUAGAGGGACAGACGUGGCAGCAUGAGAGAUGGCCGGGUGGUGGAGGGAACCGCCAUGAGGUAGAAGGACGGGAUGGGAGAAGGGAGGGUGGUGGAGGGAACAGCCAAGCGGUAGAGGGACAGGCGGGACGGGAUGGGGGAAGGCAGGGUGGUAUAGAAAACAGCCAUCGGGUUGAGGGACAGGAUAGGGGAAAGAAGGAUGCUGGAGGGAACAGACAUGGGGUAGAGGGACAGGCGGGACGGGAUGGGGGAAGGCAGGGUGGUGGAGGAAGCAGUCAUGGCGUAGAGAGACAGGCGGGACGCGAUGGGAGAAGGGAGGGCGAAGAAGGGAACAGCCAUUGGGUAGAGGGACAGGCGGGUUGGGAAGAGAGAUGGCAGGGUGGUGGAGGGAACAGCCAUGUAGAAGGACAGGCAAGGUGGGACAGAAUGAAUCAGAAUGGGAGAUGGGAGAGCCAAAUGACAGGUCAAUCGAGUCUGGAUUACAAGGUGCAGGGUGGGGAUGCAAAAACACAAGGGACAGAAGAACACAGCUCCGAGGGAAACAAUAGACAGGGCGGGAAAGAGAUGAGCCUAGGGAUGGAAGGGCAUACAAUUCGUGGUAGUGAAAGAAAAGGCGGGAAAAGGAGGCUCCAAAAGGCAGAAGGACAUAAAGCUCAAAGUAGCAACAGGGAGGAGAGUUAUGGUGGGGAAGGUGAGAGGAGGCACAAAGGCUUGGAGGAACAUCACGUGACGGGUGAAGAGUACAAAGAAUCAGACAGGAUGUCGGACUGGCAGAAAAUAACCGACGAGAUGCCACUUUGGGAUGAAACAGAACUAACGUCUCGUCCCAAGCGAAAUAUGACAGAUGAGCAAACACAACGCGACCUGAACAAACACGGAUGGAGAAACACGGGGCCGAAAAACACUAAAGGGUUCUACACAGAAAUGCUUAACCAGGAUAAAUUUGUCCUUUUUUUCGGCAAUCAGUCGCCAUUCAGCCAGCACCAUCCAGCCAAAUUCGUCAUGCACGAUAGGCAAUUCAACUGUGCUGAGCAGUUCAUGAUGUAUCAGAAGACCGUUAUAUUUAAGAACAAAGAAAUGGAACGGAAGAUCAUGGGGACGUCUAACCCGGUGGAACAGAAGCGUUACGGGCGGCAGAUCCCAGAAUUCAAAUUCGAAGUAUGGAAGAAACACUUCAUAGAUGUGGUUGAGCGGGCAACGGAGGCUAAGUUCACUCAGAAUCCACAUUUGCAGGAACCCCUGUUCGCCACGUACCCCAAGCUCUUGGUGAUGGCGAGUCCAUCAGACCGAUUGUGGGGAAUAGGGCGAAGCCAAAAAGACCCGUUAGCCUGGGAUAAAGAGACAUGGCGGGGAAAAAACCAGCUUGGCUAUAUAAUUACCCGAGUGAGAGAUAGACUGAUGGAGAAGGAGGACACGCACUGGGAGGAAUGGGAGAAGUGGAAAGACGACAAGAGAUGGGAGGAAAUGGAGGAGGAGGAGAAGAUGAAAAAGAGGAGAAGGGAACAAUUGAAUUUGGACAGUGGAAAUACCAAAGAAAGGAAUCUCAAAACCAGACGCGAAUGUGACAGGGCCAGUGAUGAUGGGGUGACACAGAAGGAAGAUAGCUCCAUGUACCAAUCCAGACGAGGAUCUUACAAACAUGUGUCCGGGAAAGAAAACUUUGAAUUUUUCGGGGGCAUCAAGUCUCCAUUUGCUGAUGAUCAACAACAAGGUGACCGAUCAUUGGAUGCAACAGACACCAACACUGAUGUUACUACAGAAUCUCCAAAAUGA